AAAACCACAACCUCCAUGGCAACCAACGGUGCUCCAACCUCCACCGACCCCAAACCCGCCGUCACCGACGAGGUCCGGAAGGUCUUCAAAAGCUUCGACUCCAACGGCGACGGCAAGAUCUCUGUCAACGAGCUCGGCAACGUCCUCACGGCCCUCGGCUCCACCGUCUCCGACGACGAGCUCAAGCGAUUCAUGGUCGAUCUCGACACCGACAACGACGGCUUCAUUUGCCUCGACGAGUUCAACGCCUUCUGGGUCGCCGGCCCCAAGGACGGCGGCGUCACCGAGCUCAAAGACGCCUUCGAUCUCUACGACCAGGAUCGGAACGGCCUCAUCUCCGCCAACGAGCUCCACCUGGUGCUCAACCGCCUCAACAUGCCCUGCACGAUCGAGGACUGCCACCGGAUGAUCAAGACCGUCGAUGCCGACGGCGACGGGAAUGUGAAUUUCGAGGAGUUCAAGAAGAUGAUGGGACACAAAGCCUCCGCCGACGGCACCAAUGCCGCCAACCCUGCCGCCUAGUGCCGCACACGUUAGAUUAGUACUUAUUGACGGUUGAUGAUGAAGAAGAAGAAAAGGGUACCUCGUGAGUAGCAGGUGCGGAGGAGCCACCGCAGACGAAAGAGGAGAGUUUGGAACGACUGGCGGUGCGAUAGACUCGGGGCCGAGAUGGGCGCGUCGACUGCUGCUCGAACCCAUUUGAGAGAAAGAGAGAAGGGGGAGGUCGAGUUGAAAAGGGGGUCAACUGCUAGUAAGUUAUACGGCUAUCCACCCUUUUCAGGGAUCGGAAACUCACGGAGGCAUUUCAGUCUUCUUUUGGCCACAAGUCUAGGUUCCACAUCAAUAGCAGGUUUCGAACCCGAGAUCUUCAGUUUUCAAUUUUAAUGAAGCCUCGUCAUCCGUCCUUUACUACUGGACCAUCAGCUCGUGGUUAAUUUAGUUGUUAGUUUGGGGUUAGUAUUUUUUCCUUUGAAAUUGCUUCUGUUAUGAUGUGUAGAGCUGUUUUGGACCAAUAGUUUUAACUUAUCAAAUACAAUAAAAGUCCCAACUUUUUUAAGAAA